AUGGUCAAACUCAUCCAGCCAAAGGUCACACCCUUGCCAGCGGGUAUUGACCUUACAGGCAAGACAGCAGGUUGUCACAGGAGCAAGCUCGGGGCUGAGUCUCAAAGUAACCCGGCAGCUACUGCAACUGCAGGCCUCAACGCCGUCCGCAACAUUGCCCAGGGUGAAGCCUGCGUCAAGGACCUCCUCAGAGGCCAGAAGAUCCAGCAGCGUAAUCUUAGUGCUACUAUCAGAUUGAUGGAGCUUGACGCAGACCGUGGUCGAGGGCCGGGGUCUCAUGGCAGGUUUUUGGGUGAUAAGGCCAUCAUGAAAUAA